AUGGAAUUGGCCCCUCAGCUCAGAUUCAAAAUAUAUAAGUCCAUAUUAGAUUAUUUGUUACCGGAGGAGAAAAUAGAUUUCAAAUAUCUUUUCCUUUGCAGAUUGUAUGUUAAAGAGAAAUAUGUAAGCGAUCCUUAUAUAAUCCCUUCAAAUUUUAGACUGUUGUUUUUGGAUAAGAAAAAUUUUCAGUUUUUUGAGGUUGAUCCUCCCAUUUUAUUCAGCGACAUUCCCUAAAAAUUCUUUGAUUAAUAGCGAUUGCCAUUGAAUUAGAGAUAGCAAUUCACAAAAUUGAAAGUUAAUAAUAAAACUUAGCUUCAAGAUUAAACGUGUCUCAAAUUUAUGGAAUUUUGGUCUCAUAUCAUAAUAGAAAUGGGCAAGGAUGACAUCAAGAGGUUUUAGGCCUUCCUCUUGAAAUUGCCCGAAUUACACAAAAUCCCAUUCCAAUUAACGCUGUAGAAGAAUCUCUUGCAAAACAACCAAGAAGUCAGUGACAAUUACAAGGGGGACAUAAUAAGAAAGAAAAUUAAAAUAGUGAGCUAAGAGCAAUUUUGGAAUCACUAAAAACCGAUUCAGGAGAUGAAGAGGAAUCUAAUCAGUGAAUGUCAGAAUGCUUACACCAAUAAUUUGGAUGCUGUACUGUAGGAGCUCAUGUCUUAUUGCAGCAUUUACAAAUUGAGUCCAAAUGAUAAGCUCAAGUACGUGGAUUAGCUCCAAUUGAUCAAUGACAUCAAACUCAACACAGAACAAGAUGACAAUCCCUACAUGAGAAACCGUCCUCCCAAGAAGACAAAGGGAAAGGAGUAGACCUAAGCGAAUAAGUACGGAGAUGAAAAGGGGGCUCAACAUCAGUCCUACGUCUAGUCAUUCAAGAAUAUUCAUGAAUAAUAAUUAAUUAAUACAGAAUUGGGAAAAUAGUACAUCAAGACCUUUGGGCUGAAAAUUAUCGAUGAACUCGCAUGUAAUUCUUAGUUAAAUUAAUUAGAGCAGACUAAUUUCAAUUUGGUGAACGAUUACAAUUACGAUGAGGAAGCCAUAGCGAUUAGCGGGUUGAAAACAAUGUAGCAAGAUCCCAUGAAUGAAGAAGUGAUUUAUCAAAGAGCACAGGGAACCAUACUAGAUCCCUCGUUCCUAGGCCAACUCGAAUUGGAGAAUGAUGGAGUCCAACUCGAUGAACAACCCAAAUCAAAGGUCAAGGCACUUCAAAAGACAGCUCCACUUGUUAAAAAAUAAUACUAAACCAAUUCCGAGUGGGAAAGAGAUCGAAAUUACAUUCUCCAAUCCAUUAACUCCUUCGAUUAUGACAAAAAAUUUACUAAGGUUGACAUCUAUUAAGCAAUUAAAGAAGACUACAAAUUAAGCUUUAAAAUUUCAGUAAGCACCAUCAAGAGACAGGAAGAGAGAGAAAAAGAAUUUUAUGCAGAAGUCAGAAAAGUCUACUCAAAUGUGAGAAGAUUACUUUAAUAUUUGUUUGAAGGCUUGGAAUAGAAAAAAAGUGAAUAGCAAAUGAAAGAGUACACUGAAACACUCUAAGAAGAAAUCAAAGCCAUUAGAAACAAAAUUAAUUAGCUAUAAACUAGUGCCACCGAAAAGGACAAGUUUAAAUCCCUCUUGUAUGAAGAUUUACAAAAAUAAAUUGAAAUGGCCAUAAAUGAGACUAUCUAUAAAUGA